AUGUACAUUCGGUUAGUAAAAGAAUGGUGUCGAGUUGUCGUUCCAUUUAGUUUUACCAAGAAAAGGAGUAUGAUCGCAUUAAAGAUUUAUGAAAUGUUUCUUGAACAAGGAAGUAGUACGUCCGCUCAGAAUGAAGCUCAAAAGGUUCUACCAUUUUUCGAUAAACCAAAGAACUCAAUUAUACGAGUUUAUUGGUUUGUAAAGGAACAUAUGAAAGAAUCAAAACAAGCUUAUGAAUUAUGA